AUGUCUAAAGAAGUACCGCAGGGACCUUCUCGACUACCGUGUUCUGCUGACAGCAUUACUAAACGAAAACGGGACUCAAAAAUCCUCCCGACAGAAGAUGAAAUCGAUCACGAAGCGAUUCUACACCGAUCUCUUCCGAUCAUCAAUACCCUCGUAAGACUCCGUUAUCUCCACUGGGGAAAUAUCAACCGGCUUCUAUUUGCUAAAGCGAUAGGGAGGAUGUUCGGAACUACCGUUACGCAUGGUGAGCGUGCUUUACAGGCUCUUCACGAAGACUACGCUCACUCGUAUAUCAAGGACGCCGAAUGA